CGGACUGGGAAAAAGACCCGGCCGGGCAUGCACACGGGCGUGGGGGACGCCUUCGCCUUGCGCGGACCCGAGAGGCCCGCCGGAGCCGGCCACCAACUUAGUAUGGUAGUGCCUCCAACCUGACAGGCCAGCCGGCCGUGUCUACGCCAUGAUUUUGAAAAGAAAGGACGCAGGCGCGAUCUGCUCCUCUCCCAGAGAAGUUCCCUCUGUAGGAGUACGCCCACCAUCCAGUAGAGGAGGACUUUUGUCCCAUCUAGCUCAGGGGACCCCGUCCUACUCUUUACUUGUUGGUGCAGUGGGAUAAUCGGUGGGUUCGAGCCCCAUCCACCAUCUCCUUACUACCUGGGUGAACUCAGGCAGAUCACAGACGCUCCCUGGGCUUCAUUUUCUUCAUCUUUUGAGGCGAGAGGGUUGAGCCACGGGACUUCUGAGGCCCCUUCCAGCUAUAAAAUUUAAUCCUGUGAAUCUUAUUCCUCAUUACCAUACAGAACAGUUUGAAUAUGACCAACCUGGAGGCACUGCAGAAGAAGCUGGAGGAAUUAGAACUCGAUGAACAGCAGCGCAAGCGUCUGGAGGCUUUUCUCACCCAGAAACAGAAAGUGGGUGAGCUGAAGGAUGACGACUUUGAGAAGAUCAGUGAACUGGGAGCUGGGAAUGGUGGUGUGGUGUUCAAAGUUUCCCACAAACCCUCUGGCCUAAUCAUGGCAAGGAAGCUAAUUCAUCUGGAGAUCAAGCCAGCAAUUCGGAACCAGAUUAUACGGGAACUGCAAGUCCUGCACGAGUGCAACUCUCCAUAUAUUGUAGGAUUUUAUGGGGCCUUUUACAGUGAUGGGGAGAUCAGUAUCUGCAUGGAGCAUAUGGAUGGAGGAUCUUUGGACCAGGUCCUUAAGAAAGCUGGAAGAAUUCCUGAGCAAAUUUUGGGGAAAGUUAGCAUUGCUGUAAUAAAGGGUCUUACAUAUCUGAGAGAGAAGCAUAAGAUAAUGCAUAGAGAUGUCAAGCCAUCCAACAUCUUGGUGAAUUCACGUGGGGAAAUCAAGCUUUGUGAUUUUGGUGUCAGUGGGCAGCUGAUUGAUUCCAUGGCUAAUUCCUUCGUGGGCACGAGGUCCUAUAUGUCGCCAGAACGACUCCAGGGAACUCACUAUUCGGUACAAUCAGACAUCUGGAGCAUGGGGCUUUCUUUGGUGGAGAUGGCCAUUGGACGAUAUCCCAUUCCACCGCCAGAUUCCAAGGAGCUAGAACUGAUGUUUGGCUGUCCAAUGGAGGGAGAUGCGCCUGAGACAUCACCACGACCAAGAACUCCUGGGAGGCCCCUCAGUUCUUAUGGAAUGGAUAGCCGACCACCAAUGGCAAUUUUUGAACUGUUGGAUUACAUAGUCAAUGAGCCUCCUCCAAAGUUGCCCAGUGGAGUCUUUAGUCUGGAAUUUCAAGAUUUUGUGAAUAAAUGCCUAAUAAAAAAUCCUGCUGAGAGAGCUGAUUUAAAGCAACUUAUGGUUCACACUUUUAUCAAGAGGUCUGAUGCUGAGGAAGUUGAUUUUGCAGGUUGGCUCUGCUCCACCAUAGGCCUUAACCAGCCUAGCACACCAACCCAUGCUGCUGGUGUCUAAAGUGUUUCUUUGGGAAGCUGGAGAAAGGCUGCUCCCUCACCCAUUGUGCAAAACAAUGCUACCUUAGAUCCUAUUUCUCAUGCUUGUCUCUGUUCAGAUGUGCAUUUUACCCUGUGAAGAAGGAUGAAGAACAUAGCAUGUGCCAAAUUCUAUUUGUGAUUUUUUUUUAAUUAUGAUUAUUCCCUUGAGUGAAUUGGCUUUGCAUUGGGGGCUUCUUAUUUGUGUUAAUGACUCCCCAGAAAGUGUGCGCUGUUGACUUAGUGAGAUUUUCUUUGCACUGCUGCUCCUCCAGCCUCAGCUGGCUGGCCUUGUGAUUUGGGGGGGAGGGGGUUGUCUUGACACAGUGGUACUUCAUUUUCGCUAGGCAUUUACCCUCUUUUCCUGAAAGUGGAAAGGAGAAGCCUGGUUGAUGUCCUUCACAAGCAGUGCAUGGGAAGCAUGCUUUUGCUGCUAUGAAAACAAGCAUUAGAAAGUGGAUGUCACAGUGUUGUAAUUUUUGCUUUCUGUGUAGAAUCCAGCUGUUUUCACCUAAAUCAAGUCAGAGCCCCGCACUGCCAUAAUAGCCAGGGCUUCAUCAGUCUAUUGUGAGGACUUAAGAGACUUGUGGCUAUAUUUCUAUAUUUAUUUUAAAAAUAUUCUGUGGGAUAUUCAGAGUUGUUGGGUGGUGUAUGUCUCUUAAUUUUUGACUGGCAUUUCUAAAAUAGUGGGAGUUUUCGAUUGUCACCAAUGAAUCAAGUCAUUAAAGUUCAUCAGACAUCUUCCUCUUAAUCCAAUUACAGAAUAUAUUGUGUAUAGUGCCUAAAAAUUGUAUGGAGAUCCUUUUAACCAUUUUAUUUUCAAAUGUUUAACAAAUCUAAUCUCUUAUUCUAAUAAAUAUAUCAUCAAGUUUAACAGAA